AUGAAGCAGGAAUUUGAAAUGAACAUGAUUGGUGAGUUAUACUACUUUCUUAGUCUUCAAGUCAAACAAACUGCUGAAGGUAUUUUCAUCUCUCAAUCCAAGUAUGCUAAGGAUCUAGUCAAACGGUUCGGUCUAGAUGGGAAGAGUCAUGCCAGGACUCCCAUGAGCACUAGUGUCAAGAUAAGUAGUGACCUUGCGGGGAAAUCAGUUGACCCAUCUCUAUACAGGAGUAUGAUAGGGAGUCUUCUAUAUCUCACAGCCAGCCAACCUGAUAUUACCUUCAGUGUGGGAGUUUUUGCUUGUUUUCAGGCAAAUCCUAAACAAUCUCACCUCACUACAGUCAAACAUAUCAUUAGGGAAACAAAUCUUGUUAUUGCAGGAUACUUUGAUGCAAACUGGGCUGGAAAUGCUGAUGAUAGGAAGAGCACCUCUGGAGGUUGCUUCUAUGUGGGAAAUAAUCUUUUCAUUUUGCUUUGA